UUCUUUAGAACUAGUCAUUAUUAAUGUUAUCUUCUAAAACAUUGGGCAUUAAUUUCCCUUCACUGGGUAAAAGUGAGUGGAGAUUUCCUACAAAACUCCAAGGUAAAAAGCAUCUCUGAGCCUGCGGAGUAGACAGCAUGAGCAAAGCUCACCCUCCCGAGCUGAAAAAAUUUAUGGACAAGAAGUUAUCAUUGAAAUUAAAUGGUGGCAGACAUGUCCAAGGAAUAUUGCGGGGAUUUGACCCCUUUAUGAAUCUUGUGAUAGACGAAUGUGUAGAGAUGGCAACUAGUGGGCAACAGAACAAUAUUGGAAUGGUGGUAAUACGAGGAAAUAGUAUCAUCAUGUUAGAAGUCUUGGAACGAGUAUAAAUAAUGACUAUUCAGCACAGAAAUCCAUGUCCCAUUUCCAGAGGGCCUGUUUAACUAUGACAUAAAAAUCA